GUCGGGAGGCGGGGCUCAGAUGUGUGUAGAAGGUGCCCAGGCGCUUGUAGCCGCUAUUGCAGCGUCGUAGGCGCAGAUCUGCCGCUGGUGUCCUUGGACGUAGUGUUCCCCACCGCCAUGAGCUACACAGGCUUUGUCCAGGGAUCUGAAACCACUUUGCAGUCUACAUACUCCGACACCAGUGCUCAGCCCACCUGUGAUUAUGGAUAUGGAACUUGGAACUCUGGGACAAACAGAGGCUACGAGGGCUAUGGCUAUGGCUACGGCUAUGGUCAGGAUAACACCACCAGCUAUGGGUAUGGUAUGGCCUCUUCACACUCUUGGGAAAUGCCUAGCUCUGACACAAACGCAAACCCUAGUGCCUUGGGUAGCGCCAGUGCUGAUUCCGUUUUAUCCAGAAUUAACCAACGCUUAGAUAUGGUGCCACACUUGGAGACAGAAAUGAUACAAGGAGGCGUGUAUGGCUCAGGUGGAGAAAGUGGUACCUUUGGUGGAGAAGCAAGCCCGGAUUGGGCUGACUUCACUGUACCCUCGGGAUGGCUCAUCAAGAACAGAGUGCUUAGUGGCCCUUCCCUCCUGGAAAUCCAUUUGGAGUUCUCUCAAGACGGCCUCCUAUAUGACUCCUACGAAGCCUGUGACUCAAGGGCUGUUCUGAGCGAGCGUGACCUGUACAGGUCAGGCUAUGACUAUGGCGAGCUUGACCCUGAGAUGGAAAUGGCCUAUGAGGGCCAGUAUGAUGCCUACCGCGACCAGUUCCGCAUGCGUGGCAGCGACACCUUCAGUCCAAGGGCUCAGGGCUGGACCCGGGAUGCCCGGAGCAACCGGCCUAUAACCUCGGGCUAUGGGCGCAUGUGGGAAGACCCCAUGGGGGCCCGGGGCCAGUGCAUGUCUGGUGCCUCCCGGUUGCCCUCCCUCUUCUCCCAGAACAUCAUCCCUGAGUAUGGCAUGUUCCAGGGCAUGAGAGGUGGAGGCGCCUUCCCAGGUGGCUCCCGCUUUGGCUUUGGCUUUGGCAAUGGCAUGAAGCAGAUGAGGCGGACCUGGAAGACCUGGACUACAGCUGACUUCCGGACCAAGAAGAAGAAAAGAAAGCAGAGUGGCAGUCCUGACGAGCCAGACAGCAAAGCUACCCGGACGGACUGCUCAGACAAUAGUGAUUCAGACAAUGAUGAGGGCACCGAGGGGGAAGCUGCUGAAGGCACUGAGGCUACAGAGAAGGGCUCCAGAGCAGAAGGAGAGGAUGAGGAGGGAAAAGAGGAUGGGAGAGAAGAAGGCAGAGAGGAUACAGAGAAGGGGUCCAUGACCACCCAGGAUGACAAUGACCAGGCCAAGCGCAAGUUGCAGGCCAGCAAGAAGAGUCAGGAUAAGCAGAAAAAGCGGCAGCGAGACCGCAUGGUGGAAAGGAUCCAGUUUGUGUGUUCUCUCUGCAAAUACCGGACCUUCUAUGAAGAUGAGAUGGCAAGCCACCUUGACAGCAAAUUCCAUAAGGAGCAUUUCAAGUAUGUAGGCACCAAACUCCCUAAGCAAACAGCUGACUUUCUGCAGGAGUAUGUCACCAACAAGACUAAGAAGACAGAGGAGCUCCGAAAAACAGUGGAGGACCUUGAUGGUCUGAUCCAACAGAUCUAUAGGGACCAGGAUCUGACUCAAGAAAUUGCUAUGGAGCAUUUUGUGAAGAAGGUGGAGGCAGCCCACUGUGCAGCCUGUGACCUCUUCAUUCCCAUGCAGUUUGGGAUCAUUCAGAAACAUCUCAAGACCAUGGAUCAUAAUCGGAACCGCAGGGUCAUGAUGGAGCAGUCCAAGAAGUCCUCGCUCAUGGUGGCCCGCAGUAUCCUCAACAACAAACUCAUCAGCAAGAAGCUGGAACGCUACCUGAAGGGCGAGAACCCUUUCAUCGACAGCCCGGAGGAAGAGAAGGAGCUGGAGGAGGCGGAGGGCGGUGUCCUGGACGAGGGGGUGCAGGCAAGAGUGGAGGGCGCAGAAGGCACGUUGGUGCAUCCCCCAGUGCCCCCAGAGCCGGCCCCCAGGGCCACAUCGCCGCCGCCGCCGCUACCCCCGGAGGAGGAGGAUGCCGUGCCCCUGCUGGGAGGGGCACUGGAGCGCCACAUCCGCGGCAUCCCGGGCCUGGACGUGGAGGCCGAUGACGACGACGACGAGGAAGGCGGCGGGGGCGCCUCCUGACUCUGGCCUGGGGCAGGAGCCCGUGUGGCAGAGGCUGGAAACCGAACUUAAUAAAAGUUCUCACCCCA